GUUUUUUCACGAUGAGUCGGAGGAGGAUAUCAUGCAAAGAUCUGGGACAUGCUGACUGCCAAGGGUGGCUGUACAAGAAAAAGGAAAAGGGAACUUUCUUAAGCAACAAAUGGAAAAAGUUCUGGGUGGUGCUGAAGGGGUCGUCGCUGUACUGGUACAGCAAUCAAAUGGCAGAGAAAGCCGAUGGAUUUGUCAAUCUGCCUGAUUUCACCAUAGAAAGAGCAUCCGAAUGCAAGAAAAAACAUGCAUUUAGAAUCAGCCAUCCACAGAUCAAGACUUUUUAUUUUGCAGCUGAAAAUUUGCAGGAAAUGAAUGUGUGGUUAAAUAAACUUGGAUUAGCCGUAAUCCAUCGUGAAUCUACUACAAAGGAUGAAGAAUGUUACAGUGAAAGUGAACAGGAGGAUCCUGAAAUAGCUGUGGAGACACCGCCCCCUCCUUACACUGCAGAGGCCCCCUCUCCUCUGGGUGCACAGCAGGCGUCUUCAUCCUCACCCAAACUGAGUGGAACAGCAUGCUCUUUCUCUUCCCUGGAAAAUACAGUAAAGAUGCCCAGCAAUUCUUCUUCUUCUGUAUCUAAAGAAAGACAGUCCUGGCUUGACACUGUUAACAGUUCACCUGCUGAUGAAGAUGUGGGACACUCCACAGCAUUCGCUGUGCACGUUCAUUCACCUGCACCCUCAGAGGUAAACAGUUGUAAGGCCCUGGAAAACAGCUCUGUCACAUCAGAAAGUGGAUUUUUGAACUCUUUGUCUAGGGAUGACACGUCUUCAUUGAGUAGCAACCAAGACCAUCUUACUGUCCCAGACAAACCUACUGAAUCCAGGAUGAUGGACCGAGAAGAAACAAAAGCAUCUGAAGAUGAUGAAAUGGAGAAACUCUACAAAUCACUCGAGCAAGCUAGUUUGUCUCCUCUUGGGGACCGACGACCUUCAACCAAAAAGGAGUUGAGGAAGUCCUUUGUUAAGCGGUGCAAAAACCCAUCCAUAAAUGAGAAACUCCACAAAAUUCGAACCUUGAAUAGCACAUUAAAGUGUAAAGAACAUGACCUGGCCAUGAUUAACCAGUUGCUGGAUGAUCCAAAGCUGACAGCAAGGAAAUAUAGAGAGUGGAAAGUCAUGAACACUCUGCUGAUCCAGGACAUCUACCAGCAGCAGAGGGCUGCACCUGUCCCCGAGGGUGACCCCCCAGAACUCAGGAAGUCACCUUCUGGCUGUGUUGAAAAUUCUAUUUGAAGACACGCCAGGAUUGUCUCAUCUCACAC